UAUAUAUAUUUGAAAUUUAACGGAAUUCUGACCUCAUUUAGUUUAAACCAUUAGGUCGUUACGUUGUUCGCGUGGGGGUAAUAUUUUUAGACUAAUAAAAUAAAUGUACGCUCUUUGAGCUUAAAAAAAAAAAAUUAAAAUAUAAAAGACAAAAAAAAUUGAAAAACUUAUAAAUAAUCUGAAAAAUAUUUGCUUUUUUGAAGCCCUCAGCCAAAUUCUCUGAAUUAUCCUUGUAAGUGUUGUAAGCCUAUUUUGCCAGCUUGAAAAUGUCGAUGAAUCCAAAUGGUCCAAAUUAUCCCAUUGCUUCAUUGUACGUUGGAGAUCUUCAUAAUGAUGUUACUGAAGCCAUGCUUUUUGAAAAAUUCUCAACUGCUGGUCCCGUUUUAUCUAUAAGAGUCUGUCGUGAUCUUAUUGCACGUAGAUCUCUUGGUUAUGCGUAUGUGAAUUUCCAACAGCCUGUUGAUGCGGAGAGAGCCUUAGACACAAUGAAUUUUGAUAUGAUCAAGGGUAGACCCAUUCGUAUUAUGUGGUCCCAAAGAGAUCCCUCCUUAAGGAAAUCUGGAGUGGGCAAUGUCUUCAUUAAAAAUCUAGAUAAGAGUAUUGACAAUAAGGCCAUGUAUGAUACAUUUUCUGCCUUUGGAAAUAUUUUGUCAUGCAAGGUUGCUACAGAUGAAGAUAGUAAUUCUAAAGGGUACGGUUUCGUCCACUUUGAAACCGAAGAAGCAGCUAAUAAUGCCAUUGUUAAAGUAAAUGGUAUGCUUCUUAAUGGAAGAAAAGUAUUUGUCGGGAGGUUUAUACCCCGUAGUGAACGAGAAAAGCAGUUGGGACAAAAAGCUAGACGAUUCAUGAAUGUGUACAUCAAAAAUUUCGCUGAUGAUCUUGAUGAUGAGAAGCUUCGUGAAAUGUUUGAAAAGUAUGGAAAGAUUACAAGUGCAAAGGUUAUGACUGAUGAUUCUGGUAAAGUCAAAGGCUUUGGAUUUGUUAGUUUUGAAGACCCAGAAAAUGCAGAAAAGGCUGUUAAUGAUCUCAACGGAAAAGAAUACAAUGGCAAAACUUUGUAUGUUGGACGUGCUCAGAAAAAAUCUGAGAGAGUUGCGGAAUUGAAGCGUAGAUUUGAACAACUUAAAAUGGAUCGCAUUAACAGAUACCAAGGUGUGAACUUGUAUGUUAAAAAUCUUGAUGAUUCUAUUGAUGAUGAACGAUUAAGAAAAGAGUUUACACCUUUUGGAACUAUUACGAGUGCAAAGGUUAUGACAGAUGGCAAUGGGCGAUCCAAGGGAUUUGGCUUUGUGUGCUUCAGUGCUCCUGAAGAGGCUACAAAAGCUGUCACUGAAAUGAACGGCAGAAUUGUUUCCUCUAAACCAUUGUAUGUUGCACUUGCUCAGCGUAAAGAAGAACGUAAGGCUCAUUUGGCUUCACAAUAUAUGCAACGUAUUGCAGGAAUGAGAAUGCAGCUUGGACAGAUGUUCAAUCCUGGAAAUGCUGGAUAUUUCGUACCUACAAUGCCUCAAACCCAACGUAACUUCUAUCCUCAAAUGGCUCAAAUGAGAGCUACUCCUCGGUGGACUACUAAUGCUCCAAUUAGACCUGGGGCUCAGCCAACAGCAGCUUUCCAGGCUAUGCAGUCAGCUCCAUUUACUAGAGCUGCUGCACGACCUGCUGUUGCUGCUGCUCAAAAUCCUGGUAUAAGAGCUGGAAUGACUGCUAGACCUAUUAUUGGACAGCCUAAUGUUGCUGGAGCUGCUUCUGCUGCUGCGGGAUCAAGGGUUACUUCUAUGGCUUCCUCAGGUGUUGGUGCUGCCCGUCCAGUUGGCGGGGUUCCUGUGGCUAACAUUAACCAAGGCCGUCCUGCUGCUUACAAGUAUACUUCAAACAUGCGAAAUCCACCUCAGCAACCACAAACAGCUCAACAAGCUGCAGCAGCUCAGCAACAAGCUAUUAACCAACAAGCUGUACGAAUUGAAGGCCACAUACCUUUGACUCCGUCUAUGUUGGCUGAAGCAAAUCCUCAAGAACAGAAGCAAAUGCUUGGAGAGCGAUUGUUCCCCUCAAUUCACACCAUGUUCCCAGACUUAGCUGGAAAGAUCACUGGCAUGUUAUUGGAGAUCGAUAAUUCUGAAUUGCUGCAUAUGUUGGAGCACACUGAAGCUUUAAAAACAAAGGUUGAAGAAGCUGUCGCAGUUUUGCAAGCUCAUCAUGCCAAAGAAGGAGCCAUAAAAAAUCAAUCAUAGUUGCCUUUAUGUCUUUGUCAAGGAAAACAAAUACAAAACUAACUUUUUUUCUAAGAAAGGAAGUACAAAAUUUAAAAGAAAAAAAAUAAGUUAAUUUAAAAAAACAACCCACGUGGACAGUUUUAAUAUAUUAAAAAGACAAAAAAUAUGGAAUUCUGUAAACUCUGAUUUAUUCAGCGUUUGGCUGCUUUCUAUUUUUGUAAUUUUUUUGUUUUGUUUAUUCUACUUUGGAUGUCUUCCGAGAACUUUGUUGAAUCUUGUAUUCAAAAUUAAAAACCUACUUUUGUA